UAAUUUAAUUAUUAUAUUGUUAACUAUUAUUAUGAACUAAUGUAUUGUUAUACAGCCUACAUAGAGUUAUUGUUUGGUACUUUUACAGACAAUUAGUUAUUCAUCAAAAAUGUUAGGUAAAGUUACAGAUUUUACAGUUCUGGUCCAUAUUUCUUAGAGCCCCUCACCUAACUCACCUGACAGAAACCAGGAAACACCUUGUUAUUCUUCGUCACUGAAGACACACACAAAGACAAUUCGAUUAAAUUACCAGUUUCCACUGAGUGAGCCCAGAUGCAGGAGAGAAAAGUGGAAGACAACAACAUGUUGCAUACACUAAAACUUCACUCAGAAACUCGAUGGCUUCAAGAUCAGACGAGGAUCUUCACUGUCUGGUGUGUCAGAGCAUCUUCACAGAUCCUGUUCUUCUGUCAUGCAGCCACAGAUUCUGUAGAGGCUGUCUGAAGAGCUGGUGGAGAGCAGACCCAACGAACAAGUGUCCAAUUUGUAUGAGAAGAUCUUCGAGGGAAGAUCCAGCUCGUAAUCUGGUUUUAAAGAACCUGUGUGAGUCGUUCUUAGAGAAGCUGAAGAGUGGGCUGAUGAAGGAGAAGAUGGAGGCUCUGAGCAGGGAGAUAGUUGCUCUUUCAAACAUAGUCACAGCCACAGAGGAGGAGCUGAGAGCUGAAGACGUCUCAUUCCUGCACAACUACAAUGGUGCAAUGGAAAGAGUCAAGCGCUGCCGCCUGAUGGAUCCACAUCUUCCCUCAGGAGCUCUGAUGGACCAGGCCAAUCACCUGGGCAACCUGGCCUUCAACAUUUUGAACAACAUGAAGGACAUAGUCUCCUACACCCCCGUGAUCCUGGACCCAAACGCUACACAUCCAAAACUCAUCCUUUCUGAAGAUCUAACCAGCUUCACUUAUGGAGAGAGGCAGCAGCAGAUUCCUGAAAAUCCAGAGAAGUUUAACUAUGCCCUCUGUGUCCUGGGCUUUCAGGGUUGAAACUCGGGAACUCACAGCUGGGAUGUUGAGUUUAAAGAUCAUAGACACUGGAUAAUGGAUGUGCAGGCAGAGUCCUGUCAGAUGAAAGGACACAGGACAUCUGGAUUUUUCCAUAUGACAUAUGAAUGCUUUGAGUGGGCACCACCAGCUCUACCAAUACGGAUGACUCUGAAUAGAGUCAGAGUGACUCUGGACUGGGAUGCAGGGAAGCUGUCGUUCUCUGAUCUCAGUGCUGACACACACAUACACACCUUCACUGAGACGAUGUUUCCUUUCUUUUACUGUGGGGGCGACCUCUCAGUGAACAUAUUACUGAUGAAGGUGUGUGUGGCAAAACAAGGUGGAGUCACAAAAUAGUUUUACCACAUUUUAAAUAGCCUAUUUGAUCCAGACGAAACAUCAGUGUCUGAAAGGCUGAUGUUACAGGCAGCAUAACUUUUUCCAUUGCUUCUCCAGACCCUUUCACGUUUGUCACCUGGGCUGAGCAUGAACCUGCUCUCAGCUAGUGGUGGACCUGCCAAUUCUGGUAUUCUAUGGCAAAUGCCAAUCAGGCUCCACAGACAGGGCCCACUAGAGGACGUCGGGCCCUUGGGCCACUCUCAUCAAGGCAUCUGUUGUUAACUUCAUGAACACCAAAGGAGCUGAAACUGAUCAACAACCCCCUCAACUGACCAGAUCAACACCCCAUCGGUUCAAC